AUGUUCCGGCGAAAGUACGAUCUACUCGCUCUCGUAUGGGCGAUGACGAUGACGGUCGAAUUCGCGCGGUGCCAACUGAUCAGGCCGCUCAGCGUGUACGAGGGUCUGAUCAAAGACAUGCACGAUUACUUCAACAAUACGUGCAUCAUACUGCUGCACACCAAUACGAAUCCCAUCGAGACGCAGGGACUCGCGGAAGGCGAUGGCUUGCUGCACCUGCAGAGGCAUUUCAGCUUGAAAUUUAAUAUACGCGUCGUGUUCAUGGAUUUUCAUAUGUUCAAUACACGAAAGAAAAGAUUCGAUUGUUUGCAGGUCGGACAAAGCUACCAUCACAUCAAGAGGCCUUUGUUCGUCUUAUUAAACAGCCAUGAAGAUACGAGGAAUGAAUUUGCAAAUCAGGUCUCAACAUGGAUCGCGAUGGCUUAUCCCACCUGGCUGGUCUUCUUCGAGGACGGGCUCGAAUUAGCAGACUUUUUCCUUGACAUUUACAUUCCCUUUGAUUGUAAAUUCAUGGUGGCUCAAAGCAGCGCGAAUGUCAGCGGCAGGGAGAUCAUCACUGAAGUUUAUCAAGUUGACCGUGAAAAGGAACUGAGAUCGAAUCAAUUCGGUGUGUGGGACAUGGGGAAGGGCCUGAAAGGGCCUGAAACACGCAGCCUGUAUUUCCGAAGAAACGAUCUUUACGGCCAGAAUAUACGCGUUGCAUCGAUUCACGAUCCUCCUGUUAGUCUGUUUCAUCAUAACCUGCGCAAUGAGAUAACAAGAAUAAGUGGCUUUUUCGGAGAGGUGAUUCUGCUAUUGCAGGAGGGGAUGAACUGCACAUUUACAUACAAGGAGGCCAAAACGUGGGGCACGUGUCUAUCAAACGGCACGUGCACGGGCGCAAUCGGGAUGUUGAUGAACAACGAAGUCGACUUCGCGGCGUCGGAAUUCAUGAUGACUUCGGACAGAUUGGGAGUCAUCAGUUUCACGACACCCAUUUACACGACAAAAUGUCGUACGUACAUUAAGAAGCCAGCAUCUUCAAAUGUGAAGUGGAACGCUUACACGGCACCGUUCUCAGCGAACACGUGGAACGUCAUAGCUUUCUUCAUAGUGAUUAUGAGCGGGUCAAUCGUUCUUGUACAGAAAUUGUUCGCGCUGGCAACCCCGUGUCCGGACGACGACCGCUUGCCGACGAGAUUCACAGAGAUUCUGUUUUAUGUCAUAGGAGCGUUUUGUAGUCAAGGUAUGGAACAGUCUUCUCUGGACCCCGUGAGAAUAGUGCAUUUCGUAAUACACAUAACAGCCGUCAUAAUCUUAGCCGCAUAUUCCGCUUCUUUGAUCAGUUUCCUCGCCUCGAAGAAAUUUGUUAUGCCCUUCACGACUAUGGACGGUCUCUUGAAAGACGGAACCUACCGUUUCGGCGUGGUUGGUGAUUCAGCCGAUUAUAGUUUCUUCCAGAACACGUCGGACAAAAUACUCAACGUGCUGUUUGACGAGUUGUUAAUGAAGGAGACUAAUUUGCCAAUCAAUUAUAUGGACGGCUUGGAACGCGUUUGCAAGGAGGAUAAAUACGCUUUUAUGACGCUGGACAACAUGGCAGCGAUAUUGCGGGACAAAGUCGACUGUGAUUUGGAACCAUUGGAUGCUAUCACGCAAAUUACUAUAGCGAUGGCUUUGCGACCCAAUAGCCCGUAUCGUGGUAUCAUUAAUACAAAUCUUCUUCUGCUAAGGGAUAGCGGAAUUCUACAGCGCUUGCUGGAAACACAAUGGUCGGUCCAUCUGACUGUAAGAAAAUCAUCGUGGAAGUCGGUCGAGAUCGGCGAUAUUGUACCGCUGCUGCUUCUUAUGAUCGCCGCUUUGUUCGCCAGCUGUGCUGCCAACAUCGUAGAACAUGUCGUCUACAAGAGUUUCCUGAAACAGAAGCAAUUAAGAAUUAAUAAACGAUAGCAACUGAACAUGUAAAUAAAAUAUUGCGUUGUUACAUUUUCGUUUAAUAAAA